AUGUUGCGAUCGUGCUAUCGGCCGUUGGAGAGGUGUUUAGGGAGGAGGGGCGGUGGAGAUGGGUUGAUGUGGCAUAUGGACUUGAAACCCCAUGCUUCUGGAGACUUCUCCAUCGCGGUUGUGCAGGCUAAUUCAAGUCUUGAAGACCAGAGUCAAGUUUUCACUUCCCCCUCCGCUACGUACGUCGGCGUCUACGAUGGUCAUGGUGGCCCUGAAGCCUCUCGUUUCGUUAAUCGCCACCUCUUCCCUUAUUUACAGAAAUUUGCAAGUGAACAAGGGGGUUUAUCAGCAGAGGUUAUCAAAAAGGCAUUUAAUGCAACAGAGCAGGAUUUUACUCAGUUAGUGAGGAGAUCAUUGGCAAUCAAACCCCAGAUUGCUUCAGUUGGUUCAUGCUGUCUAGUUGGUGCCAUUUCUAAUGAUCAGUUGUAUGUGGCAAAUUUAGGGGAUUCCAGAGCGGUAUUGGGGCGCAGAGCUUUCGAUGGGGAAAGUAGUUCAGUGGUAGCUGAACGAUUGACUACUGAUCAUAAUGUCUCGUCAGAGAAAGUCAGGAAGGAGGUUGAAGCACUGCAUCCUGAUGAUUCUGCUGUUGUAGUCUAUUGUCGCGGAGUUUGGAGAAUUAAGGGCAUUAUACAGGUGUCAAGAUCCAUUGGUGAUGUCUAUCUGAAGAAACCUGAGUUUCAGAGAGAUCCAAUGUUCCAAGAAUUUGGCACUUUUGUCCCUCUGAGGAGACCGGUCUUAUCAGCAGAACCUUCAAUAUACUAUAAACAGAUCAGGCCGCAAGAUUUGUUCCUGAUUUUCGCCUCUGAUGGCCUUUGGGAGCAUCUGACUGAUGAGGCUGCCGUGGACAUUGUUUUCAAAAAUCCAAGAGCAGGAAUAGCUAAAAGAUUAGUUGGAGCUGCACUCAAGGAGGCUGCGAAGAAGAGAGAAAUGAGAUACAAAGACAUUACAAAAAUCGAAAAGGGAGUAAGGAGACACUUCCACGACGAUAUCACAGUGGUCGUGAUCUAUCUUGACUCACAUAAAAACAAGUCAACCCCAACGAAGAAUCAGGGCGCUGGCGUUGGCCUCAUCUCUGCUCCUGUGGAUAUCUUCUCCUAUAAUUCCGAUGACGAAAUGGAGGACACUUAUGAAAAGAGUUUCUUGACCAAGAAUAACCAGCUGAGCAACAUGUUUUAA